CGCGGCAACCCGUAGCCGGCUUUCCCAACAUGGCGGUUCCCCAAGACGUCCACGUCAGGAUCUGUAACCAAGAGAUUGUCAAAUUCGACCUGGAGGUGAAGGCGCUUAUCCAGGAUAUUGGAGAUUGUUCAGGACCAUUAAGUGCACUUACCGAACUGAAUACUAAAGUGAAAGAGAAGUUUCAACAGUUGCGGCACAGAAUACAGGAGCUUGAGCAGUCGGCUAAAGAGCAAGACAAAGAAUCGGAGAAGCAAGUUCUGCUCCAGGAAGUGGAGAAUCACAAAAAGCAGAUGCUCAGCAAUCAGACCUCAUGGAGGAAGGCAAAUCUCACUUGCAAAAUUGCUAUCGACAACCUAGAGAAAGCAGAACUUCUCCAGGGAGGAGACCUCUUCAGGCAAAGGAAAACUGCCAAAGAGAGCCUGGCCCAGACGUCCAGUGCCAUCACAGAGAGCCUCAUGGGGAUCAGCAGGAUGAUGUCCCAGCAGGUCCAGCAGAGCGAGGAAGCCACGCAGACGCUGGUUAAUUCUUCACGGACUAUCCUGGAUGCAAAUGAAGAAUUCAAGUCCAUGUCGGGGACCAUCCAGUUGGGACGGAAGCUCAUCACAAAAUAUAAUCGCCGAGAGCUGACUGACAAGCUUCUCAUUUUCCUUGCACUCGCCCUCUUUCUUGCUACGGUUCUGUAUAUUGUGAAAAAGCGGCUCUUUCCGUUUUUGUAAGAUCUGAGAGCUGCCAGCUUUUGCCCUUUGAGUUCCAAUGUCAGGAUCCAGCCACGCUUCUGAGCUCUGGCCCCGGCCGCCAGACUGAUCCACGCCCCCCAGUCUGCGCCAGUCGCUCAGCAGGUCCGAUGGAGACACAGCCCCGCCUUCCGGAGCUUCUGCAGGUGGCUGGUGUGUAAGGGGCGAACAGAGCAAGGGGAGGGAGGCCUGUCAUCGGAACACCUGCAGAGACACAGGGACUCAGAGCUGUCGCACACUGGUGGCUGCCACUUGGGGCACUCGGGCCGGCCUCCAGGAUUUGAUGUCCCUCUUGGGUCCCCCUCCCCCGCUGCAGCCUUAAUGCCAGAUCUGGAGGAGGGAAGAGAAAAGGGGGAGAAAGAGGAGGAUGGAAACUCACGUCCAUUCCUUGAAUAAAGUUGACUAAAUUAUUUUUUUAUUUUA